AUGCCACAAUCGCUGGAGGAGGUCGGUGCGCCGGGCUGCACCGUGGCCUACUGCCGGCAGGAAGGGAAGGAUCGAAUCAUAUUUGUGAACAAAGAAGACCAUGAAACUCCAAGCAACGCGGAGCUGACGGCCGACGACUCCAAUGAUCCGUACGGGGAGCACGGACUGAUCCUACCCCACGGAGACCUCAGCUGGAACUGCCCAUGCCUUGGGGGCAUGGCCAGCGGGGCGUGUGGGGAACAGUUCAAGGCGGGCUUUUCCUGCUUCCACUGCAGCACAGAGAAUGUCAAGGGGUCGGACUGUGUAGACCAGUUCCGGGCCAUGCAGGAGUGCAUACUGAAGUACCCAGACCUCCAUCCCCAGGAGGAGGAGGAGGAGAAGCCAGCGGAUCGGUUAGAGGAAAUGGCUGCCUCUGAGGCCACCACAACCAAAAAAGAGGAGGGGUCCAGCUCAUGA